UUUACUUCUGUAAUGCUUACGAAUUUGUCUUAUAUUUUAGUUAUUUAUUAUAAUCAAUUUAAAAUUUUAUAUUUAUCGUUUUUUUUGCUUAAAAAGUAGGUUCAUGCAGAAUUUCUCAGGCAAUUCUAUUCAAGAAUUAUGUUAGAACCUGGAAACUUUAGCUCAGUGGAGGAAGAAAGAGAUUAUUUCAAAGAUUUAGCAGCCAAUUUUGAAGCCAAGUAUCAAGAAACCAAGUUAGAAUUGGAAGAGUUCCAAGAAAGCAGUCGAGAACUUGAAGCUGAAUUAGAAACGCAGUUGGAGCAAACAGAGGCACGAAACAAAGAAUUGAAAACUCUAUCUAGUCGACUUCAAAUUGAAUGUGAAUCCUUAAAGGAUAAAUUACAAAAAACUCAGCAUGAUAGUCAGGCACAAAUUGCUGACCUUGAGCAGGAGUUAGUUUGUGUUACUGCUGCUCGAGAUAGUUUGCAGAAAUAUAUACGAGAACUGGAGCAAAGUAAUGAUGAUCUAGAGAGGGCAAAAAGGGCUGCUGUUUCAUCUUUAGAAGAUUUUGAAUCAAGGCUUAAUCAAGCCAUUGAAAGAAAUGCUUUCCUUGAAAGUGAAUUGGAUGAAAAAGAGGUUUUAAAAGUAACAGUGCAAAGGCUGAAAGAUGAAUCAAGAGAUUUAAGGCAAGAGAUGGUGAUCCACAGUAGACCUGUUUUUGAAAAAUCACUAAGCACAGAUGUGAAAUCUGAGCACAUAAAAAGUAUUGAUUCAAACAAAAUUAAGUCAGAGCUGGAAAAUCAUUCAGAACUGCCAUUGAAGAGACUGAGUUGCCAUCAACUAAAUACAUCCUUACCUUUGACACCUUCCUCUCGAAUUUCUGCAUUAAAUAUAGUUGGUGAUUUAUUAAGAAAAGUAGGGGCACUUGAGUCGAAAUUAGCUUCAUGUAGAGCAUAUGUAAAAGACAGUACAUUAAGAAAUGAAAAAGAAGAAAAUGGAAAUCAGUCUCCUGUAAGAUCCAAGCCAUUGACCAAAGCUUCUUUUUCUGUCCCUCAAGACUGCAUCAGUUUGACUACAUGAAGAGUCCUUUUUUUUUAAAUCUAUAUUUUUAGCAAGAUUUUAAGUUACUUAGUAACAGA